AUGGCAUCAUCAUCUUCGUGCUUGGUUGCUCUUUUCUUUGCCAUCGCCGCCGCCAUUCCUGCUGCUCAUGGCCAGUCGCCGCAAGCUGGCUUUAUAAGCAUCGACUGUGGGAAUUCCAAAUCUGAUUACGUCGAUCAUAGUACAAAUAUAACAUACGUCUCCGAUGACCGAUUUAUCGACGUGGGAUCAGAUUUCGACAUCCAAUCAAACUACAUAAACUCCUCUGUUCCAACGCAACAACUCAAUCUCAGAAGCUUUCCUGAUGGACUCCGGAAUUGCUACACCUUAAAGCCUGUGCUUCGUAACACUACGUAUCUUGUCAGAGCAACUUUCAUGUACGGAAACUACGACGCCAAGAAUAGCCUAAUACAAUUUGACCUUCACAUCGGAGUCGAUCAUUGGAAGACGAUGACCAUCUCCGAUCCAUCUGCUAUCUAUACGGCCGAGGCUCUGAGUCUUGCUACUACCAAUUCCACAUCGGUUUGUUUGGUUAAUACCGGAGGUGGAACUCCUUUUAUAUCUUCGUUGGAGUUGAGGCCACUCAGGAACGGUCUUUACGGAGAAUACGUGAAUGCUUUGCAGUCUGUGGUUCUCGUCACUCGGCGCAACUUCGGAGCAUCCGACUCUGUGAGGUAA